AUGGGUAGUACUGGAAUAUGCAGGUGUGAGAAACUGAAGCCAAUGUCGACUCGUCUGACGCUAGGAAACGAUCCUGAGGUUCCGUCGAGAGCUUGUGCUUAUGCACCCGGCUGA